AUGGCUGCUGGCACACUCGAGCGGGCUGUACAACGGCUUGCGGCCAACUACGAAGAAGUGCUGGCCGCCAGCGAGUUGCACUACAUCUCGGCGGCUCCGCUCGAGUCGGACAUGCUGGUGUGGCACGGCAACGUGGUGGCGGCGGACGGACCGUACGCCGGCAUUGUUCUCCAUCUCGUUCUCUCCUUCUCCACCGACUUUCCUGCAUCGCCGCCGCGCAUCAACCUCGCCACCUACGUCCUCCAUCCCAAUGUUGUCGAUGACUACGUCUGUGCCGACUUUCUCCGCCUCUCGGACAAAGCCUACUCUGGCUGGUCCUCCGGCUACUCGGUCUUCACCAUCCUCAUGCAGCUGCAGUCGUUCCUCACCGAUGGCGUCCGCAUUGCUGUCGCUGACAAGUCUUCCGACGAUGUCGGUCCGUCGGGCGGCACCGUCUCCUUUGCCGUCUCCAAGAGCCAGCUGCGCCGGAUGCGGGAGGAAGCCGCUGCACAUACUUGCCUCUCGUGCGGCCACGCGCCCGGCGCGCCGCAUCCACCCAUCCCCGCCCUGGGCGGCAACUUGGCCGCAAGUGCAGGGUCGGACCUUGCGCAGCGGCUGCUCUCGUCGGAUUUGCAUCGGCUCCGGCUCAACUCGCGGUGUUUCUUCUCCAAGGCCACCUACCGCGACGCGGUGCUCGGCUACGGAGUCUCAGUCGAGUACUACUCCAAGGCUUCGCGCCGGCGCGGCCGGAGGCGCUCGCCCAUCAAGCGCAUCCACACCGAGCUCGACAUUUUGUCGUGGGCCGCGUUCUCGGCCGAUGGCGUCCGCACGACGCCGGUGACCAAGCGGGCGUUUUCCCACUUUAUGCCGAUGUAUAUCAACAGCGACCACGGCGGACGGGCGUACGACAUUGUGCGGACGUCGAUGGCGCGGAUGUGCAAACCACGGCCCGAACACAUACCGGCGUUCCAGCCGCCGAUGGCGCUCGACGUCUUGCCGGCGCUGAUGGACACCACCGUGGUCAGCGUCAUGUCGAGUGACGAGGUCAUGUCGUGGCGCCGGCUCGAGGGCUACUGUAUCUUUCACCGGUGGAUGAUCUACUUUGCGGCCGAGUACCCCGAGCUGAGCGAGGCGGCGUCGAAGCUCAUUGCCGCCUUUAAGCUCAAGCCAGAGUCGCGGACCAAGGCAGUUGUUCCGUCGCUCGGCUACUUCAUUCCGCUCCUCACCAUCACCGACCACGCCUUUGACGACAUCCGCGAAGAGUAUGUCGGCGAGUCACUGGUUCGCAACGUCUUCUGGGCCGUCUCCAAGUACCCGCAGCUGGCGUACGCUGAUGAUCACGACGCCCGCGGCGAGCCCUUUGACCGCCUCGCCCUCACCUUUGACGCCAACGCCGUCUCGCUCCGUCACCUCUGCUUCCACGUCUACUUUUCCAAGACCUUUGCGUCGUCGGUCGACCGCGCCGCUACCGCCCGCGACUACGAUGCCCUCCUCGGCCGCCCGCCCGAGGGCGCCCGCGAAGCGUUGCGCCUCGAGUGCGAGCGCAUUCGCGCCAUUCCCGACUUUGAGUCGCUCUUUGCCCACAUCGGCUUUCCGCUCUCCCGAAACGAGAUCCACGACUGGCUCCUCCUCGCCCUUCACGAGUCGCUUGAUCGCGACUACCAUCGAUCCGAGUCGGACACCGGCACCAGCAGCGGCUUUGCUACCGCGCCCUACGAGUUUGAUGCCUCUGUCAACGGCAGCAGCUCGACCGAUGGCGACUUUUACUCUUGCGAGUAA